AUGGCUGCGACUGACUCCCUUAUGCCCCUCGACCAUUUUGACCUAACCUUUCCUCCUGCAGCACUGGGUGCGCCGUCUUCAAUUGAUGAACAGGAAGCCCUCCGAAUUAGCAACGCAAUUGAUGACGAAAUUAAGCACGACCAGGAAGCAAGGAACCGGAGGAAACACAGAGAAAUCAAAGUGAUGCUAUUGGGACAGGCGGAGUCCGGUAAAUCUACUCUGCAAAAGCAGUUCCAACUGCAUUACGCCUCUCAGACUAUCGACCAUGAACGACCGUCAUGGCGUCCUAUAGUAUACUUCAACAUCCUCAAGGCUAUCAGCAUGAUCCUCAAUGAGGUCGACGACCAGUACUUUGCAUCUCCGGACAACCCCCCUCAUUCUAGUUCCUCGCCUGCUAAUGCCUCGAGCUCAAGUUCAAGCUCAAGCUCGAACGUCGCAGGUACCACGAACUCCGCUGUUGCAGACCCGAUGUGGUACGCCGAGCUUGCCUAUCUCCGUGGUAAAUUGCUGCCGCUAGUUGCGAGCGAGGAUGCGCUAGCUGCCGAACUGAGUGGGGGAAUCACCGUAUCUGGUGGGCGCACUGGCGUGUACGUGCGUGCGGGCUGGCAAGUCACUGACGCCCGAGUGCCAUUGUCCGACAUCGGCAAUGCGCCUUCUUCGAGGUCGUACACCAUGAUGAAUAUUGUCGGAAAGACACUGGCAGCAUCGCAAAAUGAGCUCAAACAGCUCUGGGGCCAUGCGGCGGUCGUAAAAUUGUUGAAAGAGCACAAGUUGCGGUUGGAAGAAUACGCUGCUUUUUUCCUCGAUAACAUACACCGUAUUGCACAGCCGGACUAUCUCCCAUCGACAGAGGACAUUCUCCAUGUGCGGCUGCAGACACUCGGUGUCAAAGAACACGCAUUCAAUAUUAACAUGGGUGCUACGCAAUACAGCUGUAUCCUGUACGAUGUCGGUGGGGCGCGCGGCCAGCGGCAAGCGUGGGUGCCUUAUUUCGAAGACGCAACUGCCAUCAUCUUCCUGGCUCCUAUCAGCGCAUUCGAUCAGUACCUGGAAGAAGACCCGCGCACGAACAGGAUCGAUGAUUCGCUCCAGCUCUUCACUACAAUCUGCUCGAACAAGCUGUUGCACAAGGCAACACUCGUGCUUAUGCUAAACAAGACGGACCUGCUGAGACAGAAGCUGGAUGACGGGAUCAAAGUCCGCAAAUACAUUUCGUCGUACGGCGACCGGCCCAACACAUACGAGGAGGUCUCGGAAUACUUUCGCGCACACUUCAUCCAGGUGCACAAGCGCAAGGACACGUACAAUCGGCCGCUAUAUCUGCACUUCACGUCGAUGCUCGAUACAAAGGCGAUGCAGAGGAUUAUCGUGAAUGUGGGCGAGUCAAUCUUGAGAACACACAUGGCCACGGUCGGGCUUGCUUAA